AUGAACUCCAAUUUAUGGAUGCUUGGGGGUUUGAUAGCCGGUGUAGCCGUUGCUGCAACGGCUGUCAUUGAUCCAUCACUCAAGCCUUCAUUUUCAACGGUGGCCAAUGUUUCAAGAGUUGAUUAUAGCCUUUCAGAGUAUGAUCGCAUCGUGCUCCUAGUCGAUGAUGAGCCCUUCUUCUACAAUGGAGUACAACUUAGAGUUGACAAGAUGGCUGGUAUCUGGAACAUGACGGAUGUUGAAAUUGAGCCAUUCUUCCAACUCAUAGCCAAUGAUGGCUUUACAGUGGUCAAUUGUCAACUUACCUGGGCUGAUAUUCAGCCGGAUACAUUCUACAACGCUUCAGAGUCAACCUAUAUCCGAGGUGGUAGAUAUGAAAACUACAAUUAUGUAGCGAAUGUCUCACAUCGCAUUGGUUACGAAGCUGGAGACGAGGCCAACCAGGAGCUAUCGUACAUCAAAUUCGAUUAUAGUGACUAUUCACUCGCUCAGAUCGACGCGGCGAAAGUACGCAUCUAUGUAAAUUCAGCCCCUGAUAAUGAUGUGGCAUUCUCUGCGAACCUUUACGGCAUUGCCAAUGACACUUGGUCUGCAUCUGACCUCACCUGGGCGAAUGCACCUUCUCACGAUGGAGUCAACAUUUCCGGAACAAAAGAUACGGAUUAUUGGUUCACUGAUUCCAACCCUUCCUGGGACCCAAUCAACCAAGCCAGUUACUACGAUUUUGACGCAUCAUCCUUCAUCAGAAACCAUACUUCGAACGGUAUCGCCAGCUUCAUCUUCCAGCCCCAGAUCAACAAUACCGACCUAGCCAACGGUGCUACUCUAUACGGCGCCAAAGGCCCUUUGCCCCCACAACUUUGGUAA